GCCAAUCGGCUCCAGGAACCGGUUGCUAAGAUGCAGCUUCCUGGAGGAGUGAAGGGCGGCUAUGGCGGACGCCGCGCCGGGCCUUUACCGGGGGGAAAUGAAAGAGCAGCUACGGCACGGUUAUGGGCGUUAUAUUUAUCCUAAUUCUUUUUUUGAAUAUGAAGGGGAAUGGAAGGAAGGAAAGAAACACGGUCACGGGAAGCUGCUGUUUAAGGAUGGAAGUUAUUAUGAAGGCGAAUUUGUAGAUGGAGAAAUUGUGGGCAAUGGAUUUCGAUACUGGGCACAUACAGGGAAUACUUACUCGGGCCAGUUUCUCUAUGGGGAGCUCCACGGGCACGGAGUCAUGCAGUAUAAAGAUGGCCAGAAAUAUGAAGGGGACUUCUGCUAUGGAGUGCGAGAAGGCCAUGGAUUACUGACUGGCAAGGACGGACAGCGAUACGAAGGCAGCUUCUACAAAAACAAAAGACAUGGAGGAGGGAAAAUGAGGUUCAAAAAUGGGGAUGAAUACGAAGGCGACUGGAUCCUGAACCAGAGGCAAGGCCAUGGACUGCUUCACUGUGUCGACGGGACUGUCUACGAGGGACAGUGGAGAAACGACACAUUCAACGGACAGGGCUCCAUAAUCCAUUGUUCCAAUGUCAUCUAUGACGGACACUGGCUGAAUGGCUACCCUGUGGCACAACCCAAGAAGAUGGUGAUAUUGGGACCAGAAGUCAUCGACACGGUUCCAGGAUCCGCUCACACCUUUCACGUCCAGCUGCAGAAUGAAGAAGGAGACGUUAUUGAAUGCGAGAGCGGUCGUCUGCUGGAGAUCAGCGCCGGGGUCAGAGACGGGGAGCUUUUAGCAAGUUCCAAAAACAGCCUGUACACGAUAAUGGAACUAAUAGGGAAGAAGCCGAUACAAAGCCCCUUCGGAUUUCAGUAUAUUAGCUACCCUUUGAUGGCACCCAACCCAGAAAGCCAGGAGCCUCAAGCUGCCGUCUCGCCCCAUCGCAAAUCUCUAUUAGGCCUGCCUGAACUGCUGGUCCCCAAAGGAGACGUUGAGCCAGAAUCCGAAUCAACCCCCCUGGAUAGCGCAAGAGAUACCCUUAGCAACCAGGAUGGGAUGGAAGACCACGUCCCCUGUCUCGCACGCCUCCAGAGAGCAGAGUGCGGCUCCGCCAUUUUCAGUAACGUCAUCCUUGCUCCUCCUUCGAUGGACAUUCUGCUCACCGUGCAGUUGGAUGACCCACCUGAGACUGUAUCGCCACGAAAAACCAGAAGACGGAAAGACAAGGCCCAUGCUGAAAAAGUCCCCACUUCCCUGGAGUCAAUUGCAGGCAGCAGAUCCCGAGAGACGUCUGCAGGUUCCAAGACCAAGCUCAGCCAAACCUACCCGAAGGACGCCGUGACCCUGCCAGGGGAGUAUGUAAUUAUGGUCCAUGAAGUGACUUCACCCCCGUUCAUGGGCCAGCUUCUCCCACCUGCCUUCAGGCUCUUGAGGAUCUUGCCAGAGAAGGUUUUGCCAGAGGACGGCUCGCCAGAGAAGGUCGUGCCAAGCAAAGGCAAGAAUGAGCCUUCCAAGUGAGCCGUGAAAAGAUGCUGGAAAUUAAAAACAAGCCGCAGCCUCCUCCCGAUGGAAUUUAGGGGCGGGGGAAGGGUCCCUUUCUCCGAGAUCUGCCCAACCCUUGAGCCGACGAACUGCAAACAUCAGGGCUGCCUGACCCAGCGAUUCUUCAAGCAGCCGGCGGUGGAGCCAAAAAACGAAACGGACACCCCAGCUGGGAGGGAACCGAUCCCUUUGAGGAAGGAAGAGGGACACACAGAGACACAUAAAGCAUCUUUCCAAAGUGGAGAAUCCAGAGCUGCAAGGGCGUGUAGCUGCGGACUGAGUUAAUCCCAUAGAGACAGGGGGCAAAGGAGCACUUCAAAUAAAUUUACCAUGUUGAUUAUUGAUUACUCACUUA